AUUUUCAUGCUCGUAAACUUUGAUUUACAUAAACAGAAAAUCUGUGAUUUCACGACCGGCGUCACGACGUCAACAGUCUUUGGGAUUUUUAUUUAUUUUUUCUUAUUUAUUUAUUGUGAUAAAAUCGAUUUACACCGAUUACAAUUAUCACACAUCACAAUUUUACUAACUACAUGCAAAAUUACAAAUUAAUAAUAAAAAAGUAAAAAAACAUAGGUGCAAAAAGGGUCACAAAAAGAGUUUUAAGACGCAAAAGUAAAAAGGCGAAAUGCUACGAUGUGUCUUAUUAAUUUGUAUUUUAUCGAACCGCAUUUCGCAUUCAUCAAAAUAUUCAACGGAAAAUGAUAGCAAAGACGACCAGAUUAUUUAUUCUAGAGAACAAUCUGAUGAACGAGAUUAUAGUGACGAAGAUGUUUAUACAAGGAAACAAAACAACGUUUAUAUUCCAAAGAAACAAACCAAUACAAAUGUAGAUGAUAACGAAAGAAGUUUAGAAAAGUUCGUCAAUGGCGUUAAGAAAGAACACGCACGCGUGUGGGAUUAUUUAUUAGAAACUUUACAAACUGAUGAGGAAGAUAUGUUAAGACACGGCGCACCGGUGCCAAGAAAUCACAACUCAAACAAUCAAAGGAAGUCUAUUGUAAACUGGUUUAAUAAUUUGUUCACUAAAAUUAAUAGCACUACUACCACUACGUCUAAUCCAAUUUCAAUGGUUGAAAGAGCAGAUAAUAAUCUUGAACCAAUUUUGACUAAAUUGCUUAACGCUCUUGACAAAUUCAACACAAAUGUAGCAAAUUUGGGACGGAAUAAAACAUAUUAUGUCAUGGAAGUACCUGUGGACAAUAAAGAAAGACCUGAACAUGUGAACAAUGUUUUUAAACACGCAAAUAAACCAAUUUUACGCAAUGGCGACGCUGUACAGAAAGUAAUAAUUGAUGAUACGGAAAAUACUGAUAAAAGCAAAACUGUUGAAUGUGCUUUAGGGAUUCUAUAUAAUAGUGAUAAAGACGAUGACGGUCCAGUUAUAAAUAUAAAAGGUAAAAGGAGGGAAAAAAGAAACGUCAACGAAACAGAAGCUAUCGCACAACAUAGCACUGAAAAUACAAACGAAGAAAACACAACUAAUCACGUUGAAAAUCUCAAUGAUCAAAAUAUAACAGAUAACACGAGUAUUACGAAUAAAACUACUGCAGACUCAAACAUAACGCAUGUAAAUACAGUUAAUGCGCGCAGAAGUUUCAAACCAAAUACUAUACGAUCCAAACUGAUGAUUUACCUGAAUGAUAUAUUUCAAGACAUCCAAGACAAACUGACACCGGUUGUGACAUUGAAAAAAAGAUUUAGCAACCAAAUCGCUUUCAAAAUCGGCUAUAUAACCGCAAAUCUAAACAACAUAGAAUCAAACAUGGCGAGGUUGAAAGCUGAUAUAGACAAACGCGGCGCGUCUUGGGACGAAUACGAGAUUUUAGACGUGUUUGACGUUUUAAAAACAUAUCAAAGUAUAGUUACGAAGUUGGUUGAGUCUGUUAAAUUCUAUUUGAGAAAUAACAAGCCCGCUUAGUGUUUUAUUUGAAAAUGCAUUAAAUUGUAAUGAGUAUUA